AUGAACGCAACCAUCAAAAGUAUUUCUUCUAUCAACAUCAAGUUCUUCCACAUUCAUAUCUUUGAAUUAAGAAAUAUUACCUUUGAUUCUAUCAAGAUCAAUACUCCUGGAGAUAGCCCCAACAUUGAUGGCAUUCACAUCGCCGACUCGACCAAUAUCCAGGUUGCCAAUUCAGUCAUCGGCACCAGUGAUGACUGCAUCUCCAUCGGCUCGGGCUGCACCAAUUUGACCAUCUUUAAUGUGUUAUGCGGCCCAGGCCAUGGCAUCAGCGUCGGUAGUCUCGGCAAAAAUGUUGGUGAGAAAGAUGUAAUCGGGCUGAACGUGAGUAAUUGCAAUCUUACCGGUACAACAAAUGGAUUGAGAUCCAAGACAUUGCAAUCUUCUCCAUCUAGGUUGAAGGCCACUGAUUUCGUCUUCGAACACAUAAUCAUGAAUAAUGUCUAUAAUCCCAUCAUCAUAAAUCAGAAUUAUUGCCCAUUUGCUAACUGUCCCAAAAAGAGAGUUCUAGAAAAAAGGUAUGAAAAUAGAGUAGCUUAUAAUCUAGUGUGCAGCGAGGUUGCUCCAUGUGAGGGCGUGGAGCUCAGUGACAUCAGCUUGAAGUACAACGACAACGAAAAGCAACCCAAAAAUACUUCUAUUUGUGUUCAUGUCUAUGGUAGCUCCAAUGGCAAUGUGAAACCUGACCCGUGCAUCUGA